AUGCCAGGGUGGUGGCGUCUCUACCUGGCUCAGUGGGCAGCCCUCGCCCUUCAGGCUGUGGGGCAGAGCCUCCCCGGAGGAGACGAAGACGACGGGGAGCUGAACUAUUAUGGGGAGAACGUCAUUGAUCUGUUGGAGGCGCUCAACAUCACCCGCUCGGUUGAGGGGGUCACCAAAGCCAAGGGCCCCGAUCGGGGAGUGCCUGCCUGGAAAUUCCGUCAGCGAGUGCCCCACCUGACCCUCCCCUGGGACUACUCCGUCUACCUGCUGUCCACGGUGCAGACCGCCCUGGGCUUCCAUUUUGUGGCCCGCCAGAGCCGUGGCUCGGAAGGGACCCUCAUCUCCUUGGUCUCUCCGGCCGCCACCAAGCGGGACGGGCACCCCCUGCUGCAGCUGGUCUCCAGCUCCCGGGCCGACCAGCUGCGCCUGGACUACCGCGCCGUCCACAACAUGGAGCCCGCUUCCUUGGUGUUUCCGGGCGGCACCCCCUUUGCCCACGGCCACUGGGUCCGGCUGGCCCUUAACCUGGAGCCCCACCGAAUCUCGCUCUUCGUGGACUGCCGGGAGCCGAUCGUCUUCGAGAAGGGCAGCGGGGAAGAGGUCCUGAGCCUCAUCCUGCCCCUCGACCUCCACAUCACCUUUGCCAGCACCUCUGGAGAGAAGGCCAGCAAGUUCUUGGGCUACUGGCAGACGGCAGAGAUCUCACCCAGUGGGUUCCCACACCGCCCCUGGCACUGCGAGAAUCUGCCAGAGCUGGCCUCCUGCCUCUGCCCGGCCUCUCGGUGGAGGCUAAUGAGCUCCCGUGGUCUGGCUGGCCUCCCCUCGCCCUCUGAGCUCCUGGCAGGACACUGGUCUCAUGGCUCUCUAGAGGUCACCGUUGACUGGGCAAAUCACGCUCUGCUCCCCAUGCCCUGCCAAAAGGGUCAAAGCCUCCAGACCUGGGCAGAUGCCCCCUGCCGCGGACAGCUGCUGGGUCAGGCGGUGCUGGAGGUGGGUGGAGGGCUGGCCCCCGGGAGGGAAUUCUUGCCGGAGGUGGAGGGGAUGGACCCCAGCAGGUGGUGCCUGCAGCAGCCGAGACUGAGUCUCGCCUUGGCCAGCUCCACACCACUGGCCUGCCUCGGUCUGAGGCGCUGA